AUGGUGGAACUCACGGAGGACGAGAAAAGUCCGGCGCAUUCUCGUUGCAAUCUGAAUUAUAGAAACGUUUACGUGAUUCCCGUGUUCUUUCACAAUUUAUCGGGUUACGACGCGCACUUCGUCGUCGAGAAAAUCGCGAACGAUUUCGAGGGCGGGGUCGAUCUGCUGCCACUCACGAAGGAAAGCUACAUAUCUUUCUCGAAGACCGUUAAGGAGACGCAGACGGACGGAAAACGGGAUUUGUACGUGAAGCUUCGAUUCGUGGACUCGUAUAAAUUUUUAGCGGCGAGUAUCGAAACCCUGGCGUGCUAUCUGAACAGGGACAAGCUGAGAAUCACGCGUUCGAAGUACGCGGAUUUGAGCGCGGAGGAUCUCGAUCUGCUCACUCGCAAGGGUGUGUUUCCGUACGAGUACGUCGACGGCGCGGAUAAACUGCGGGAUACCGAGCUUCCGCCGCGCGAGGCCUUUUACAGCUCCCUGACCGACGAGACCGCGAGCGAGAGCGACUACGAGCACGCGACGAGGGUUUGGCGACGUUUUCGCGUGCGAGAUCUCGGCGAGUACAGCGAUCUGUAUCUCAAGACCGACGUGCUUCUUCUGGCGGAUAUAUUUGAAAAUUUUCGGGACGCGUGUUCGGCGAGUUACGGGCUCGAUCCCGCGCAUUACUACACGUUGCCGGGGUACACGUGGGACGCCAUGCUGAGGUACACCGGCGUGCGUUUCGAGCUGCUCACCGACAUCGACAUGGUGCUGUUCGUGGAACGCGGAAUACGCGGCGGCCUCAGUCAAUGUUCGCUCAGGUACGCGCGAGCCAACAACAGACACGUACCGACGCACGACUCGUCCCAGCCCACUACGUAUCUCAUGUAUUACGACGUGAACAAUCUGUACGGCUGGGCUAUGAGCGAAUCGUUGCCCUACGCGAAUUUCCAGUGGCUCGACGAUCCUGAGAAUUUCGACGCGACGACCGUGCCGACGGACAGCGACGUCGGUUACAUUUUGGAGGUGGAUCUCGAGUACCCGCGAGACCUGCACGACGCCCACGCGGAUCUGCCGUUGUGCCCGACGCGCGACAAACCGCCCGGCAAGCGACAGGAAAAAUUGCUCGCCACUCUCUACGACAAAUCGCGUUACGUGACGCACUAUCGAAACCUGCAGCAAUGUCUGCGACUAGGUAUGCGUUUGACGCGCGUUCGUCGCGUUCUACGAUUCGACCAGUCGCCGUGGCUUCGCGCCUACAUCGAGCUGAACACCGCGCUUAGGACGCGCGCGAGCAACGAUUUCGAACGGAAUUUGUACAAACUGAUGAACAACGCCGUCUUCGGCAAGACUAUGGAGAACGUGCGCGAUCACGUGGACGUGCGUCUCGUGACGCGAUGGGACGGGAGAUACGAGGCGGAGGCGUUGAUCGCUAAGCCGAACUUUCACAGCAGGAGCGUCUUUUCGGAGAAUCUGGUGGCGAUCGAGCUGCGAAGGCUCGAGGUAAAAUUCAACAAGCCGAUCUACGUGGGUAUGUCUAUUCUCGAGAUAUCCAAGACGCGUCUGUACGAGUUUCACUACGACUACAUGGUGCCGCUUUAUCGCGACCGUUGUCGAAUUGCCUACACGGAUACGGACAGUCUGAUCUAUUCGCUGGAGUGCGAAGACGUGUACGAGCGUAUGAAACGCGACGUGCACAGGUUCGACACGAGCGAUUACGCGGAGAACAACGCGCACGGUAUGCCGCGCGUUAACAGGAAGGUGCCAGGUUUGAUGAAGGACGAGAACAACGGCGCGAUCAUGACGGAGUUCGUGGGCCUCAGAGCGAAGAUGUACACUUACAAGGUACUCGGACGCGACGACACCAGAAGAAUAAAGGGCGUCAAGAGAAACGUAGUCGCGAAGAGGAUCACGUUCGAGGAUUACGUGGAGUGUCUACGGAACGCGCGCGAGCUGAAGACGCGUCAGUCGUGCAUACGUUCGACGCUGCACGAGGUUAACACCGUGUCGGAGCAAAAACUAGCCCUCAGUCCGCACGACGACAAGCGAUACGUGACGUCGAACGGCGAGGAGACGCUUCCGUGGGGACAUUACAAAAUACCGUUGUAA